UUUGUCAUAUCGCAUGCGUGACUGUAUAAGGUUCGCGUGCUGUCUGCAGCUGCCACAGCGAAGAUGGCAGACGCUCUGAGCAAAGUGCCCGAUGUCGACAUUGAUCCAGAGGGAAAGUUUAAAUACAUAUUAGUGAACAUAAAGGUUAAAGGUGGAACUGAACAUAAAGUGAUAGUGAGGGGAACUAAAACCGCGGAGUACCACAAUCACAUAUUUGAAAAAGUAAAUCCUGCUAUGGAGGCCUUGGGACUGGAGUGUAAUUGUCUUGGAGGCGGCAAAAUUGAGCACAACAACACAGAAAAGAAACUCAGGGUGUUUGGAGAAUCUACGGGAUAUGGGAAAGCUGACCAUGCUGUUACAGUGGAAAAGCUAAAAUCUGUCUUCAAAGACUAUGAAAUCACUAUGGAAUAAAAGACUAAAUUGAGCACAUUGAAUUCAUGGUCAUAAGCAUUUAGUGAAAAUGUACAAUUUUUAUAACCCUUUAUUUUGGAUACAGAUUGAAUAAUUGUUCACUGUUCUGUCAGUGUCAGAGUUGGACUUAGAUCAUUACCCUUGAUAGCAAGGUCUUACCUACACAGGAACUCUGCUUGUGUUUUUGCACAGCGAAAAACAUAUCCUGUCUCCUGUCUCUACCACGGAAUGUGUCGGAUUAGAGAUCAGGAACAGAUAAAAGAGCAUCUGUAUGAUUCACUGAUGGUGUGUCUAUAGUUAACUUUUUACUGGACUACAUUGAGAAAUUUGCAAUUGAGAUACAAGCAUACAUAUUUGUAUGGAUUCAUAUUUGGUGAGAAAAAAUUUCACCAAACCAAACACAAUUAAAUUAUGAAGACCUAUUAUUUUGCAAAGCAUUACAUUUAUAUGGCUAUAUAUGCAUUGAACACUUUCAAUUAAUAUAAUUUUACAAUGUCAUGUAUUGUGCAUAAGUGAUUUUCCAUCCUGUUUCUGAACUUAAAACCUUUACCAGUUUCCUGUAUCGUGAGACUCUGAAUAAACGAAUAUGACCCUCA